AUGUCGUUCGCUCCGUUGAAGUCGUACGGCACGUCGUCUGAUGGUCAAGCUCCGACCCCCGCUGUCCCCAUCGCCAACGCCCCUCAAAGACGUUUUGGCGAUGCCGUGCGCGUCGCUGGACUCGUUGGCGCGCUCGUCUUCCUCGGCAGCUACCUCUUCACCCUGCAGACGUGGACCCCAACCUCUGCGCCUGAAGAUGCGGUCAUCACCACCAUCACGACAACGCUGACCAAGGCGGAGGAGGUGCAGCCCUUGAGCAGCGUCGAGCGAGCGUUCGUGGACGGCGUACAGCCCGACAAGCUCCGCGAGUUCCUGCACGCGUACGCCAGCGUGCCGCACACUUGCGGCACCAAGCAGGAUUAUGAGACGGCGCUGUACACUGCGCGGCAGUGGGAAUCCUACGGCAUCCACGCCGAGGUGGUAGAAUACUACACGCUGCUGAGCUACCCGGUGCACCGUCGUCUAGCGAUCGUGUCGCCCGAGCAGAGCGUACAGGAGCUCAACCUGACGGAGGGAUCCGUCGUCGACGACUCGUGCACGACGGACCCGACGGCGCUGCCGCCGUUCCUCGCGUACUCGGCCACGGGCAACGUGACGGCGUCGGUCGUGUACGCCAACUUCGGCACGCAGCAGGACUUCGAGUGGCUCGCGAGCAACAACGUCACGCUCAAGGGGAAAAUCGCGCUGGUGCGCUACGGCGCCAACAUGCGCGGGCUCAAGGUCAUGGCGGCCGAGAAGUAUGACAUGGCUGGGGUGCUCAUCUACUCGGACCCGAACGAAGACGGCUUCACGCGCGGCCCGGUGUACCCCGAGGGCUUCUACCGGUCCGAGGACUCGUUCCAGCGCGGCUCGGUCAACUACAUCCCUCUGUACUCGGGAGACCCGAUGACGCCCGGCUGGGCGUCGGUGGAGGGGGCUGCGCGUCUCACGUACGAGGAGGUGACCAACAUCCCUCGAGUUCCAGUGCUGCCGCUGUCUUACGGCCAAGCGCGUCGCAUCUUGGUAGCUUUGGGCGGGCAGAAGGCUCAAAGCGCGUGGCAAGGAGGACUCCCGCUCGAGUACAAGCUCGGAGACGACGGCGCGCUGGUGCUCAACCUGGACGUGGUCAUGGACAACCACGUCGGCGCCAUUUGGGACGUCAUCGGAACCAUUGAAGGCUCGGAGGAGCCGGACAAGCGUGUGGUGCUGGGCAACCACCGCGACGCGUGGGUCUGCGGGGCGGUGGACCCUAGCAGUGGAUCGGCAACGCUAAUGGAGAUCGCGCGUGGACUUGGAGACCUACUGGAGACUGGCUGGCGUCCGCGCCGCACCAUUGUGCUUGGAUCAUGGGACGGCGAGGAGUAUGCGCUGCUCGGAAGCACCGAGUGGGUCGAAGACAACGCCAAGCUGCUCAAGGAGGAGGCCGUGGCCUAUCUCAACGUCGACUUGCUGGUGGGUCCUCUCGUGAGCGCCAGCGCCGCUCCGUCCAUCGCCAAGUUCGUGCAGGACACGGCCAGUCUGUUGCCGGCGAACGCGUUCCACGGCAACAACAGCGCCCUUGAUAGCGCCUCGAGUUUGCUGGACCAGUGGACCAAGCAGAUGACGGAGGCGCGCUCUACUCCGGGAGGUCUGCCCUCCCCUGGUGACGCGGCCGACCGGACGCUCGCGCCCGAGCACCUCAUCAACUUCAUGGGCUCGGGCUCCGACUUCACGCCGUUCUACCAGCACCUGGGCGUCAUCUCCGUCAACCUGGCGUUCGGACUGACCUACGCGUCCUACGGCACCUACCACAGCACCAUGGACAGCUUGCACUACAUGGAGACGCAGGGAGAUCCGCACUACGCGUCCCACGCCAGCAUGGCCAAGUGGUGGGGCGUGCUGGCCAUGCGCCUCGCCAACGACGCCGUCAUCCCCUUCGACUUCUCCUCGUACGCGCUCGUCAUGCAUGACGGCCUGCAACAGCUCGAGAAGCGUCUGGCUGACGCCGACAGGAGCGUGGAGCUGGCGCAACUGUACGCGGCUAUCGACAAGUUUGGCGCCAACGCGGACGCGUUCCAGGCCACGGCACUCGAGCUGCAGACCAGCUCAGACGUGUCGGCACUGAGUGCGUGGAACAACAAGGCCGUCCAGCUCGAGCGACAACUGCUGUCGAGCGACGGACUGCCCCACCGUCCGUGGUACAAGCACGUGAUCUUCGGACCGGGGUUCUACGAGGGCUACGCGGGUGCUGCCUUCCCUGGUAUCACGGAUUGUCUAGCUUUCUACGACGAUUCGUCUACAAUUCAGACCCACGUCGACGAAGUCACGCGCAUCGUCAACGCUGCCGCCGAGUACUUUGUCAGUGUGGAUUAA